CGCCUGAUGGCAUUGAAGCGAAUGGGAAUUGUAAGAGACUAUGAGAAAAUCCGCACCUUUGCUGUAGCAAUAGUAGGUGUUGGCGGCGUUGGUAGCGUGACUGCUGAAAUGCUGACAAGGUGUGGCAUUGGUAAGCUGCUACUCUUUGACUACGACAAGGUGGAGCUGGCCAACAUGAACCGCCUCUUCUUCCAGCCUCACCAGGCGGGGCUGAGCAAAGUGCAGGCAGCGGAGCAUACCUUGAGGAACAUUAAUCCUGAUGUUCUUUUUGAAGUCCAUAACUACAAUAUUACCACAGUGGAAAACUUUCAACAUUUCAUGGACAGAAUAAGUGGUGGCGGCAUGGAGGAAGGGAGGCCCGUGGACCUGGUGCUCAGCUGUGUGGACAACUUUGAAGCUCGGAUGGCAAUCAACACGGCGUGCAAUGAACUCGGACAGACCUGGAUGGAGUCCGGGGUCAGCGAGAACGCAGUGUCGGGCCACAUCCAGCUCAUGGUUCCCGGGCAGUCCGCCUGCUUCGCGUGUGCUCCGCCACUCGUAGUUGCUGCAAACAUGGAUGAGAAGACGCUGAAGCGCGAUGGCGUGUGCGCCGCCAGCCUCCCGACCACCAUGGGGGUGGUGGCAGGUGUCCUGGUGCAGAACGUGCUCAAGUUUCUGUUAAACUUUGGCACCAUCAGCUUCUACCUGGGCUACAAUGCGAUGCAGGAUUUCUUCCCCACGAUGUCCAUGAAGCCAAACCCCCAGUGCAACGACCGCAACUGCAGGAGGCGGCAGGAGGAGCAUGAGAGAAAGGCGGCUGAGCAGCACACACCGGAGGCCGGCCAGGGGGAGGAGGAGGAGGAGGAAGAGGUCGUGCACGAGGACAAUGAGUGGGGUAUAGAGCUGGUGUCUGAGGUGUCGGAAGAGGAGCUGAGGAGGUCUUCAGGCCCCGUGCCCGACCUGCCCAAAGGCAUCACAGUGGCAUACACUCUCCCCACACAGCAUCAAGACCCUGCGCCUGGAGUAGCAGUGGAAGAUUCUGGCGAGAGCUUGGAAGACCUCAUGGCCAAGAUGAAGAACCUGUAGCUGGUGGGCUGGCAUGUAGUUCAUUUUGUGCUUAAACUAUUCCCUUGAAAUGCAAAGAAAAAGAAAAAAAAAAGCUAAUAAAACGUAGGGCGUACAUCUGCACCGCACUGUUGUACUUGGUGAGGCUCCAGCGGCUGUUACUGUUUCCCUUGUGCACAGCGGGCCGCCUUCUGCCACGCAUGACUUCGAGCUCUGUCUCUGGCGGGAGGAAAGGAGGAAACAGUCCACUACUAUGACCUGGACC